CGGGCGCUUGCUCGGUUGCUUUAGGAGGCGAAAUGGCUGCGGGUGCCGGAUGCUGAGGAGGCAGUCAGGUGUUUUUGAGCUGAGUUGCAUCAAAUACAGAGAUUGGUAAAAUCAUGGAUACAUAUGCCAAGGCUCAGGGCAAUCGAGUGAAGCCAAGGAUAUCUGUGAAAAAGACUUCUGGUGAAGGUGUACUACAUUCUAUGAAGUCAUUGCUACAGAGCAGAAAGGAGUUAUGCAGUGUAUCAGCAGAAGAGUGCUUAAAUCAGGAAGAACAAGUUGACUUUCUUGAGAUUACAUUUAUUGGUUUUGCUGAAGAGACUGGUACUGCUCAUUUGCAGGAAUUGACAGCUAUUUCUGUAGAGCUUCCAGAUGUCCUGAAAUCGCUUCAGUUGUGCAAACUAAAAGAAAAUGAAGUUAUAUUUCUAAAAGGUAUAAAGAAAAGCUUGGAAAAACCUUGUAUCAUGAAACAUCAGAAUCAGCUUCACGAAGUUCUUUGUGUGGUGAGAUUGUCUCCUUCAUUCCCAAGGAUCAAAGCUGAUUGUGUAUUUACCUUGCUGAGCAAAUAUACUACAGGUGUAAGAUAUGCACUGGAAAUAAAUUCAUUGCAAAAACAUCAAACAGAGACAUCCCAUGCUGAAGAUGAUGAUACUAAUCAAUCAGUUUCUUCAAUUGAAGAUGAUUUUGUCACUGCUUUUGAACACUUGGAUGAAGAUGAGCCUUCAAAGAUACAAAGUGUUGGGACGUGCAACUUUAAUUCUCGAAACCUUCGAGAUGUUGCUUCACAGACCCUCUCUGCUCAGUGUUUAGAAGCCGUUGACUCAAAAAUCCUCAUGGGUUCUGUACAUCGAAAGUCAUCUGCUAGAUCUUCUACUUUGAUUAAUAUUUUGGGACUUAAGGAACUGUCCUCAGUAAAAAAUUCAGUUAAAACCUCAAUUUCUGAUCCUUGGAUACAGUGGAGUUUCUACAAGCCAUCUAAUCCUUCUGAUCAAGGUGUUAAUUUUCUACAUAAAACAUUAUUUUCCUCCUCUCCAGCAGAAUCUUCUGAGUCAGAUUGUUCCAGUCCAAGCCCUAUUAUCUUUUUAGAUGAAGAAGGAUAUCAAAAAAGCUUGAAGGCAAAACUUCAGCUGCCAAAAAUUCCAGUACUGAAAGAUGGCAUAGAGGAUUCAGACUCAGAAGUGAGUGAAUUUUUUGAUAGUUUUGAUCAAUUAGAUGAACUGGAACAAACCCUAGAAAACACUUGUAAAGUUAUUAGGGAUCCAGUCCAAGGGAAUCCUCCUCAGAAAAGGAGGACUGCUCGUGAGCAGCUAUGUUCUGCAAGCACUACAAUGAAUCCUCAAAAAUUCAAGUGUGAUCGUCCCACACUUCCAGCCAAUGUAAAGAAACCAACUCCUCGUAAACCAGAAUCACCGUACAGCAGUGUCUUUGAUGUUCCAGAUUCUCCUCGCCCAGUUAAAACAGGGGAAGAGAAUGGAGGUUUGUUCAGCCCUAUUAGAUCGUCAGCUUUCAGUCCACUAGGGAGCUGUGGUUCUUCUGAAUGUUUGUGUCGGUUGAAUCUUGGUGGAGAUGGGACAGGUCAAAAUCACCAUGAUGCACUUUAUAAUUCUUUCUCAGAAUAUGCUGAUAGUUUUUCAUUUGAAAUACUAGGUUCUGUUCUUCAUUCGGAGUCUUCAUCAGAACGAUUAUGUGCAGGAAAUGAGUCCAAAUGCAACAGAAUUGAUUUGAAAGGAGAAAAAAGUCAAACUGCAGAUUGCAGAAUGAAAACUGGCAAGGAGCCAGAUAAGCAAGCCAGAUCGAAAUAUAAAUCAUUAAUGAUUAGAGAUAGCAUUCAAAAACUUGCGACUGAAUUGGUUGAAAAAAGUUUUGGUAGUGCGUUUAAAGAUCUGCAAAAAGGCGUUUCUUCAUGCACCAAUGCACUUUGUCAUUUGGCUGCUAGAUUGACUUCUUCAGUCUUUCAGAUGGCUUUUUAUGAGAUUGGAAGACGUAGAGCAAUUUCCUUGAAGGAGCGUGCCAUUAAUGGGCUGGCAAGCUUUUUGGUGAGUGAAGCUAUAACUGGUGCUUUGAAAGAGCUGAGCCAUAUAAAGAAACAAAUAUUCACUAACACAGUUGCACGAUUUGCAGCAGACCUUGCUGAAGAACUUGUAUUUGAAGGAAUCAUGGAAGUAUGCCAGUUUUCAUAUCCGUCAACACCUACAGCUGCACAACCUUCGUCAUUUGAUUUUGAAGACAAAGUGGUAAGAUCCUAUGCCAGAGAUUUAUCUGAAUCUGUCAUUCAGGAGGCUUUUAUUGAACUAUCUCAGGUUGAUGUGACCUUCACAACACAAGCAGCCAUUAGUGUUUCCAUGGACAACAUUAAAUAUGUGAGCGCAGAAAGUAUGUUACAGUCAACCCAGACUUCCACAGCUUUUCCUAGUUUUAAUGAUAGAGUAGCACUGAAUCUCAUACAAGAAUCCAGGAAAGAGUAUACAGUACAGCAUGCUCUGUUUUGUACUUCUGGAGUUGUAAGUUCAAUCCCUGUGCCCUUAGCUGGAAGAGCUAUUUGUCAGCAUCAAGUUUCUUCUGAUGUUUAUAAAGCAAAAGCAGGGACUGCUUCAAACUGUGGUGGCAAAACAAAAGUGUAUGAAGACUCUACUCAUUCAUUAUUCACAACAAGAAAGAGAGAGGAGGAAGUUGCUUCUUUCAGAAAUAUAUACCUAGCUUCAGAUUCCAGUCAAAGUACUGAAGAUAAUCCAUCACUUUUACAUAACCAAAAUGAUACCAAACAAGCAAAUAAUAGAUCUGAAAUGAAUAAUAACUUAGAAUUAACAAAUGGAUCAAAAGGCAUCAGUAGUUUCUCUGGAACAAUGGUAGAUAUGAUUGUAAAUGAAACCUAUGAAGCUAUAACUUCAUCAAGGGUUGCAAAAGCAGUGGAAGAUUACACAGAUUUUUUAACUAAAAAAAUAGAGAAAAAGCCUUAUUUGCAAUGCAUUGGUGAAGAUUUUCCCAAGAACAUGUUUGCAGACCACAUGGCCCAGUAUAUCAUAAAACGAUCCGUGGAUGAAAGUAACAGUGUGGUAUCCAGCAGCUGUGAUUAUUUAUCAUUGAAUAUGGGCUCACAGACAUAUGCAGAUAACAGUAGAAAAGAAGAAUAUAGCAUGGUAAGGAAGCAAGAGGCUGAGAAACAAAAUAAUGUUCCUAUAAUUGUUGGACAGCAACAGAUGCCUUUGAAUAAUCCAUCUAAAUUUCUUCUUACUCCAGCUCAUUCUGCUCAGUAUUCUUCAGAAUCUAAAGACAGUUGGCAGGAACAAAAAGGAUGGAGGUUUUUGUCAAGUUCACCACCACGAUGUUCCACUGUGACUUUUCCUAAGCAUGUUCCAGAAGAUUUUAAUGACACAGGAAGCUGCUCAAUAAAGUGCUUAAAUAAGCCCUCAAAACACUGUGACACUCAGAAAACAUCAUCAGGUUUGCUGACUUACAGACAGGAUGAUAGUUGUCUGCAAGCAAGUAACUUUUCAGUUAUGUUUAAUAGUGAAGAUGCUUUGCAGAUGGAAGACAAAUCAGCUAACAAGGAUGGAAAUACCUGUGCAAUGCCUGAUACACCCCCACCAACUCCCUUGGUACAAUGUCAAACUAAUUCUGAAAGGAACCUAAGAAAAUUAUCUAAGAAACUUAAGGGAAAAUUAGCAAAGGAAUUCGCACCUGCAACACCGCCUUCUACACCAUACAAUAAUCCAUCUGUUACUAGUUUGUCUGAAACUGAACACGACUCUCUGGAAAAAGAAGAAUUUAUGCUGAAACUCAUGCGGUCGCUUUCUGAAGAAGUGGAAAGUAGUGAAGAUGAAGAUGAUUCUGAAAUGCUAGUUGAGAAAGAAGAACAUCCAGAAAAAACAAUACAGUAUGCAGAUCACUUAGCUAGUCAUAUAAUUUCAAUAGCAACUGAAAUGGCUGCUUCCCAUUUAGAUGAUAAAACAAAUGAAGCUGAAGCUAAUAAACAGGUUCAGUUAGGAAUGCCAAACAAAAGAUAUGGGACUGCUGCAUUUAUAAGCAUUCCUGAAGAGACCUGCAAUUCUUUAUGGAAUUAUGCAGGUGAUAUGGCAGGAAAAGUCAUCAAUGAGGCCAAGAAAAUGGUGAAAUCAAGGCAUUGUAACCUGUUGAGGUUGAAGCGAGUUAACUGCCAGGUGGAUUGCCUUUAUCUGAGAAAAGAUGAUAGUUCAAAAGAGCGAUGGGGUCCAGGGCGGGACCAGUGGUCCAGGGAGAGGGAUUCUUCUGUACUUUCUUUACCACAAAGUUUGGGCAUGAUGAGUUUGACUUCCAAGUACCCAAGCUGUGAAAGUGUGACUGAUGAGUAUGCAGAUCAUAUUAUUCGAGUUUUGAAAAGAGAAGGUGGUAAUGCUGAAUUGUUGCUGGAUCAGUACGCUAGUAGACUUGCUUACAGAUCUGUAAAAUCAGGCCUACAGCAAGCUGCUAGGAAAACUAAAUGGAGGUACAACAGAAAGACACUGCCUGGGCAAAAUGCAGAGGUCAAUGGUAAGCUGGAGCUCUUCAGAAUACUGAAUAAAGAUUCACUACAGCGAGUGAAAAGCAGCUUUCAUCACUGUGAAGACCAAACUUGCGAAAGGAAUGUCUGUACCCAGAGAGCGGAAUGCACAGAGUUGUUACGCUUUUCAGAAUCUCUUGCUCAGAGUAUAACUUGUGAUGUCAGGAAGAAAUUAAAAAUGUCAGGAGCGUGUUUGCCCAAAUCUUUGACAGAUUCUUGUCUAUAUAAAAAGAAUGAAUUUAAUGAAGUCACAGGGGAUCUUAUUAAAACAACAUUUUCUAGGGCAUUUCUUCCUUUCUCCCCAAAUCAUAAACUGUAUCAUAGUACAGGCAGUUUAAAUGAAAAUGGCUACAGUGAAGGCAUAAUUCAAGCUAUAGAACAAUAUGCUAGAAAAAUAGCAGACGAUACUGUAGAAACGAGUUUAGAAUCUGCUGUUCUCCAUGCGUCUGAAAACAGAAAACAUGGGGAUAGACUCUCAUAUGCUGAGAAAUUGUCUCCUUUUUCUGGAACUGUGUGCAGAUGCUGCAGUAUGAAGGAACAUCAGUACUGUACAGAAAGUACAUCUUGUCUACCUGCACAAGAACCCUCAAUUCUAGUGAGGCAUUUCCCUCAUUCUAGGUUGGGUGGUGUCUGUCAAAAAUCAAGAGUAUUGCACCUUGAUAUUCCUAAAAUUCAUAUUGAUGUAGAACAAAAGGCAUUUUUUUCUGACAAGGUGGUUACUGCAGCUGCUGAGAAAGCAGAGAGAGAACUGAGUAACGCAAGUCUGACGGCUGACAGUGGUAUUGGGCAAGAUGGAGUCAGUUUUGCUGAAAGCCUUACUACUGAAAUAAUGACAUCAGCUAUGACUAAUAUUGGUCAGGCAGUUAAUAUAAGCUCUACUGGAAGAGAAGGAUUUCAUUCUGUUGAAUCUAUUGUUAGCCAGCAGAUGAGUCUGAGUAUUGGUGAUGAUAGCACUGGCAGUUGGUCCAAUCUAAGUUUUGAAGAUGAACAUCCUGAUGAAAGCAGCAGUUUUCUUCACCUCAGUGACAGUUCAGCUGUGUUCUCUUCUUCUCCUGGCAGUAAUGGUAACAGCAGUAGCUGGAGCAGUCUUGGUUUAGAAGGGGAUAUGUAUGAGGAGAAUUUAUCCUUUCCAACAUCAGACAGUGAUGGAACGGAAGAUAAAGAUGAAGACUCCAAGGAUGCGGUAGAAGGUAUGGAGCAAAUAAGAAAGACAUUAGCAAUAGUGAAUAUUGAUCUGGAACCGAAUAUAGUGGAUCCCCAGCUCAGAGCAGUACUCCAGUGGCUGGCAGCUUCUGAAACAGAGGUGUCUGACCUUCAUUUUCGUAACACUGCUACGAAGGAAUUUGUCUUUCUUUCCAGAAGACUACGAGAAAGAGAUUGGAAAGUAGGAGAUCUCUUGCAAGCAGUGCUGAAGUACUGCGAAAUAAUAGAGAAGGCAUCUGAUGGAGAACAAGUCCUAAAUAAGUCCAAAGACUUGGUUGGUUGGCUUCUGGAAAAUGUCUGAAAAAUCCAAAGAUGCAACAUUCUUUGCUUCAUUCUCCUUUCAAAAGAAGAUAAGAAGAUUGCAGAUAUGUAAUAUAAAAUUUAACUGAUGAAUGUUCUAGUAAUUGUCAGUAUUUAAAAGACUUUGAGGUGAAAGUCAAAAAUAGCUGUCCUGUGCUUUGUGAUACUGUGUACAUGAUGUGUUUAUCCAGUCCGUAAUCGGUGUUGUCCACCCACACAUAACUUGUAUUUACUACUGUGUUCAGGCCAUUGAAAUAGUUUAUGAAAAUAUAUUUGUCUGUGCUAGUAGUUCGGAGGUGACAGUGUGAUAUUCAGGAUUUCCUCAAUGCCAAGGUAGCUCUCUUUCCUGUUUUGAAGUGAGCUAAAUUCACAGUGGGACUAAGAAUACUGAUGAGGAGAGCUCUAGAAAAUCUUGCUGCAGACCCUAAAGAAAUUACUGCUCUUUGUCAGGUGUUACAUGCCUAUGGGCAGCAUUGGCAGGAGGAAAGCUGUUACAGUGCCCAAGGAGCCUCUUAAUACUAGCUUCAUAGUUGCCUUUGUCAAGCUUAACUUUAUGUGCAAUUCUGCACUAAAAUCAUUGAGGUUCACCUAUAUGUUCUCUUCUGUUGACUACUGUAGAGGGAUAACUAUUGGCAGCAGGGCAGAGUGGGUAGCUGAAGAUAACUUCCUAAAUCUUGCUUCAGCAAGGUUUGCUAAACCUUGCCUAUCAAGUUUAAAUCGCUUUUUUUUUUCUUACUAAAGCUUUUUGUUUGUAAGUACUUCUGUGACAUUAAUUGUGUGUCUGAAGAAUUUGUAUGUUUUUUUUCACACACUGAUAGAUUAAAAGUAGCAAACAGCUUUUUCUUCCUAUGAGAAUAUUGGCUAUCUUUUGACUAGUCUGCUUAUUUUUCUUUGCCUCCAUAUAUAAUUUUUCUUCACUGAAGAGAUAACUUUGUUACUUUGAGCACUUCAGAGUUAGUGAAGAGAAAAAGUUAAUUAAGACAUCAAGGGGAAAAUUGCUGUAAAUUGAUUUUUCAUUUUUCUUUACUACCUUUGCUAUUUUCUUUAAGGCACUUUUAAUCGAGUUGUUUUAGCAGUCUGAUCUAAGUUUUGUACCAGUGUAUGCUGGUGUACAGUGUACCACUGUACCAGUGCUGCUGACCUGCAUUUCCAUUAGAGUGGGACAUAUUUUGUGGUUUGAAAGUGCUUUGGGAUUUUUUUUAUAUGUCCUUUGAGAGAAAAAGGCACUUGCUGGUACUUAGUGUUGCCACUUCAUGCAAGUUUUCAUAUCACUUGCAAGAGAAUCAUGUAGUCUCAUUUAUUUUGGAUGAACAAAAGAAUUUUAAUAGCUCUUUCAAAGAAAAAUAUACUGUUGAUAGGUGUGCAAGUCUCCUGGCUUGGGAUCAGACCCUGAAAAAUGGAGUCCAUAAAUCUCUUUAUGAAUUUUUGUAGAAUAUAUACAAUUCUGAUCCUCCCCACCCAGCCCCAAAAUUACUAUGAGACAUCACACUGGUGAACUCAAUCGCACUCUCCUUGUGCAAUGUCUUUGUUUCAGGAAGACAUCCCACUGAUCAUUAAGGGUAUUUCUUUAGGGACCCGGUAUGUUUUAGUCCUUCGUUUGUGAUCUGGAUUUGAAAGGGAGUGCUGUCUUGGACCUCUCAAAGUUUAUCUUUCAAACUGAAUUGAUUUUUUUUAAAGUAUGUAUGUGCACAUGUCCACACGUAUACAUUUGUAUAAGAUCUCAUUUACAUGGACAUAACCUAAAUCUUUAACAUAGAAUUCUAUAUUAUGUUCAUAGUUCAUUACUUCACCUUUAUGUAUCAUUUCCCUGAUUGAAAGACCUGCAUGUGGCAUGGGACAAGUCAGAAUGAAAAACAUCACAAGUUAUUUUGCCUCGUUGUAGGCAAUAUGAUGUUUUAAGCACCAGGAAUUAGUUAUCUUUAGAGCCUCUGGGCAGGGGCAGCAGGGGGAUUCUCUUAAUUUCUGUAUUUGGAAGAUGGAGCUAGUAACAAAUUUUGAAGAGUUUUACAAAAGCUGUCUUGUUUUUUCUGUUUGUUUAUCUUCCACACUCUAUUCUCUUUUCCUUCUAAAGGAUGUAGACUUUGAGAAUGUUGAAUUUCAACUUUUGUUUCAGAUAAAAAUUUGAAACCAUUUUCUGCUUGUAACAUCUUCUGUUUAACAGAGCAAUGAUGUACUUGCAGACGUAAAUUUAAAGUUUAAAUGACAAGAACAUAAAAUGCUAAGAACAUGCCUCAAGGCUAAACUUUGCUCUGGUGUUUGAUUGCUUACAUUUCCACCAAAAUGAAAUUUCAGGAAAUGAAGAUACAGUGGAAUUACUAUAAUGUUUCUAUACACGUCCAAAAAUGAGAGAGAGAAAUUCUCUCUUUGCACAUUAUAAAUGUGCAAAAUUAUCUAUAAAUAGGUUUUAAGAAAUCAGAAAGGUUUUCACUGAUAUAUUCGAUAUGUUAGAUUUUAUAAAGUUGGUUUGCUUUUUUCCUCCCUCUUCUGGAGGAAAGCAGAACACUGCAAUUCCCAAAGCUUACAAUGAUAUAAACACUUAAAUAGAAAAUGGUUAUGGUGAAUUUUUUUUUUUUUAAGAAAAGGAAUGUUGUUUUCAGACUGGAUAAAAUACAUCAUGCAACUCUAUUGGUGUUAUAUUAAGGAAGAAUUUUGAUUUAUUAGCUUCUGAGGAAUGUAGCAGAAUUCCCAAAUUUACUGGAGAAAGAAGUGUUGUAAAACUUUGAUCUUUACUUUCAAAAACUAGCUUCCUACACAAAUUGUUUUACAUUUGUGUUCUUUAGGCUUUGCCUUUUUCUUCUGUUAGAUACGAAAAUGGGAAAAACAUUAAACCAGUUUGGCACACUUGUUACUAGAAUUUAAUAAUUGCAAUAGUUUGUGGGAAGCAUUAUACUGAUUAAAUCUAAUUAUUGUCUGUUAUUAGUAAGAAAGUUAUUUUUUGCUGGACUGAAUUUUGAGUUACACCAUUACUGAGUUUAUUUAAAACUCCUGGACACAAAUACAGAAGUGUAGAUGAACUGUAAAAACAAAGGGCCAAUUUUCAGCCUGUUGAAAUCAGGCAAAUCUGCUUUAUAAACAAACAUAAUAAAAUAGAAUUUGUCUCAUCUUGCAUUUUUUUAUAUAUGGGAAACCUGACUUGGAAAUAUAAUUUCCAGUUUGAGAAAAAUAUUUAUUAUUCGAGAAAAACAACCUUUUCUGAAAUACUUCAUAUAUGCAUUUGUUAUUCUGUAUGAUGGAAGUGUUUUGAUAUGCUUUGUAAGGUGCUGUAGAAAAAGCACUUUGAAAAUAGUCCCUCUGUAUAUCAACACUAAAAGUGACCAUAACAUCUUUGAAGCACUGAGAAAGGGGUACAUGAAUAAUACAAAAAUGUGCAUAAAGCCUUAACGUUAUAAGAACAGAAACAUAUGCUAAAAUUAAGGACUAUCUGCUGUCUCAAAAUGAGGAUGUGAAAAAGCUACGGCCACGUACUUAAAUGUAAUUUUCAUAGUAACUUUGUUCUUGAGAUUAAAAAGAUUGUGUAAAUUAAGAAGAAAACACACACACACACAUUCCGAGACUAAUUAGGUCUCCCAAAGGUAGUAAAUGUUACAUUUUCUAAUGUAACUUUGUAUGGGACCUUUUCUAUAAAUAGAUGCACGUUGUUGGAGAUGGGAACACAGUACAUAGUAAACACUGUCACCAGCUCAAAAAGAAAUAGUUUUACACAGGUGAUCUGCAAAGAAAAAUACAAGUUUCAGGAAUGAUCUUCUUUUUAGUGUAAGAAUUCUAGCUUUUCAGCAAGAGCCACUACUGUCAAGCUUUUACUGUACUUGAGCUCUGAAGAGGGAAGUACAGAGCCCAGCCACUGUAGUCACUUUAUUUUGUACUGUCUUUGUACAUUCCUAUUGUAUAGCUGGAGUUGUAGUUUUAGAGGGCCUUUGUUCUGUUGUAAUGUCUGAAUAAUAUUUAACACUAACAUUUAUUAUAAUUUGCUGGAACUUCUGCUUAUUUGUGCAGUGUUACAGUAAUUCACAGCCCAGUCGGUGACGCAAUUGUAUACCAAAAGCAGUUUGAAGAACUGUAAAUGUUUAUGUAAUUGUACUCAAUGAAUAUGAAGGUCUUGUACUGUAUAAUGGUGAUAAGUGUUGCCAUUUUAGUAAUUUAACAGUAUAUUCAGUUUUCAGAUUAUGAACCCCAGGUUGCACUAAAUUUGUCCUUGUUUUAGCAGUGGCUUAAAUAAAACACAUUUCACUGGC